UAUUACCAACUCAAGCUCUAGAACUCAUCAAUGGCGGUCCGGGCAGGUUCUUUAGUUUCGCUAACGCUUAUCUGUCUUGGAAUUAGCUUCCUCGUUGGCUGCCACGGAGCAUCCGAUCGGAACUCGAGACAGGUCUACAUUGUUUACAUGGGAGACCUUCCCAAGGGUGAUGUCUCCAUUUCAAGCCUUCAUAUAGGCAUGCUUCAAGAUGUUGUUCCUAGUGAUGCAUCAGAUGUUUUAGUCUACAGCUACGGUAGGAGCUUCAAUGGAUUUGCAGCUAAGUUAACCGUUGAUGAAGCAAAUAAAAUGAGAGAUAAGGAAGGGGUAGUAUCGGUGUUCCUUAGCCAAAAGAAGCAGCUCCACACAACAAGGUCAUGGGAAUUCAUGGGAUUCAACAAGAAAAUGAAAAGAUCAAUCAUUGAGAGUGAUAUCAUUGUUGGAAUGCUCGACACCGGCAUUUGGCCCGAAUCGGAAAGUUUUAACGACACUGGAUAUGGCUCGAUCCCAGAAAAAUGGGAGGGCAGCUGCCAAAACUUGGCCAAUUUCACUUGCAAUAACAAAAUAAUUGGAGCUAGAUACUACCUGACCGAUGGAGAAGCCGGACCGGGAGAUUUUUUAUCUCCGAGGGACGCGGAGGGUCACGGGACUCACACUUCUUCAACAGCUGCAGGUCGCUUAGUUAGCCAAGCAAGCUUAUACGGCAUCGCCAGAGGGACUGCUCGCGGAGGGGUUCCGUCGGCACGUAUUGCAGUUUACAAGAUAUGUUGGUAUGACGGUUGCUCUGAUGAAGGCAUUCUUGCGGCAUUCGAUGAUGCAAUUGCCGAUGGCGUCGACAUAAUCUCUCUUUCGGUCGGGAGUGCUUUACCGAUGGAUUAUUUUGAAGACUCCAUUGCUAUCGGUGCUUUCCAUGCAAUGAAGAACGGGAUCCUCACAUCGAACUCCGCUGGUAAUGGCGGUCCUCGCCCCGCAUCGGUUACAAAUCUUUCACCUUGGUCACUAUCGGUGGCAGCUAGUACGAUCGAUCGAAAGUUCGUUGCAAAGGUGAAACUCGGAAACGGGCAGAUUUACGAGGGAGCCACUAUAAACAUAUUUGAUCUCAAGGGCAAAAUGUAUCCUUUCAUCUACGGCGGAGACGCUCCGAACGCAACCAUAGGCCCUUCCGCUACGUAUUUUUCCAGAUAUUGCUUUCCAGGGUCAUUGAACUCAACACUAGUGAAAGGAAAGAUCGUUUUCUGCGAGUACUUCACUGAUUACGAAGGUGUAAUGGAAGCUGGAGCCGCCGGAGCCGUGUUCCAAGAUCUAGGAUACAAGGAUUAUCAAUUCAGUUAUCCUCUACCUCUUUCCACCGUGAAUAUGAAUGAUGGAAGAAUGAUCCUCAACUAUUUGAACACAACAGAGAACCCAACUGCAACAAUAUUGAGGACCAGCCAAGAUAAUAAUCAAUUUGCCCCAUUCGUUGUUACAUUUUCAUCCAGAGGGCCUAACCCUGUUACAGCAGAUAUUCUCAAGCCCGAUCUUACGGCGCCCGGGGUCGAUAUUUUGGCGGCAUGGUCCGAAGCAGCCUCCGUAUCGGAAGCAGAAGGCGAUACACAAACAACUAAGUACAACAUUAUUUCGGGCACAUCGAUGUCUUGUCCACAUGCGACCGGGGCUGCGGCUUACGUUAAGUCGUUCCAUCCCACAUGGUCCCCUGCUGCAAUUAGAUCUGCUCUAAUGACAACAGCUAUGCCAAUGACUUCGAAGAACAACGUCGAAGCCGAGUUCGCAUACGGGGCAGGUCACAUUAACCCUUUACAAGCAACCGAUCCCGGAUUGGUUUACGAUGCUGGGGAGAUCGAUUAUGUGAAAUUCUUGUGUGGACAAGGUUAUACCGUUAAAAACAUUCAGCUUAUAACUGGAAAUAGCAGCAGUUGUUCCGAUGACACGAAUGGAAUGGUGUGGGAUCUGAAUUACCCUUCGUUCGCCUUAUCUUCAACUCCCGGAACAUCGAUCACUCGAAUCUUUCAUCGGACAGUAACUAACGUUGGCCCAGCAGUGUCAACUUACAAUGCAGUUGUUAACGCACCUCCGGGGCUUGUAAUCCAAGUUCAACCAAGUGUGCUUUCUUUCGAAUAUGUCGGCCAGACGCAAAACUUCGUUGUGACCGUCGCGGCGGAGCUCGGGAACUCUAUCAUUUCCGGUUCCUUGAUCUGGGAUGAUGGUGUUCAUAAAGUGAAGAGCCCCAUUGUCGCUUAUGGUUCGAUAUUGCAAUAAAAAGUUCAAACAAUAUCGGAGCUAUCGAUCUAAGAGUUUA